UCCGGGGUCCCAGGCCGGUGUGGGGGCGCCCCGGCGGCGGCCGGCUCCAACGGAAGUUGCUCGCCGCGGCGGGAGGGCCCCGGGCAGCCCCCAGGCCCCCCGACGCGCGCCGGGGGCUGGCGGGGGCGGACCUCGGUACCCCCCGCGCCUUCCGGACAGGCACCUGCCGCAACCUCGGGCCCCUGGGACGACGGGCCCUGCGGGGAGCCGCCCCCAACAGCGCGCCCGGCCCCCAGCGAAGCUCGGCUGCCCAGCCUGGGGCCCUGGGGCCGGCCGGCCGCCGCGGGGCCCUCUCUGGGCGCGCGCCACGGCCCCCUGGUAAUGCCCGUCCCGAAGAAGACUUGGUUUGGCCGCAACGGUGUUUGUCCGAGGGUCUAAAGUCCCUGGAGGAUGACCUAGCACUUGGAAGCCCCACCGGCCUCCUGAGGGCCCCUGUGGACGCGCCGGCCCGACCCGGAGCUGCGAGGCGGGCAGGCACCCAGACUUGCGACCCUCCGCACCCGCGGGUGCCGGGGUUCUGGGCCAGGCGCGCCUCUUGAACUCACGACUAGUACAAUCGUUUCUUUUCGAAGAAAGGGUUUCCUUUUUUUUUUCUUUGCGUUUUUGUUGUAUUUUGGUUUUUUGGGGGUUUUUGUUUUUUUUUUUUUCCUUGGAGAAGGGAACUUUCGAGGGACAAAAGGAAGAACCGCUCAUCGGGGGGAGUAGAUAAGGAAGAUAAGGGACGCCCGCCAGAGCGCAGGAUGGAUGUGGCCGACCCGCAGCAGCUGGGCAUGUUUACGGAGGGGGAGCUGAUGUCCGUGGGGAUGGACACGUUCAUCCACCGCAUCGACUCCACGGAGGUCAUCUACCAGCCACGUCGCAAGCGGGCCAAGCUCAUCGGCAAGUACUUGAUGGGGGACCUGCUGGGGGAGGGGUCCUACGGCAAGGUGAAGGAGGUGCUGGACUCAGAGACGCUAUGCAGGAGAGCCGUCAAAAUCCUCAAGAAGAAGAAGUUGCGAAGGAUCCCCAAUGGGGAGGCCAACGUCAAGAAGGAAAUCCAGCUUCUCAGGAGAUUACGGCACAGAAACGUCAUCCAGCUGGUGGACGUGUUGUACAACGAAGAGAAGCAGAAAAUGUAUAUGGUGAUGGAGUACUGCGUGUGCGGCAUGCAGGAGAUGCUGGACAGCGUGCCUGAGAGGCGGCUCCCCGUGUGCCAGGCCCACGGGUACUUCUGCCAGCUGGUGGACGGCCUGGAGUACCUGCACAGCCAGGGCAUUGUGCACAAGGACAUCAAGCCGGGCAACCUGCUGCUCACCACCGGCGGCAUCCUCAAGAUCUCUGACCUGGGCGUGGCUGAGGCCCUGCACCCCUUUGCCGAGGACGACACGUGCCGGACGAGCCAGGGCUCCCCAGCGUUCCAGCCCCCCGAGAUCGCCAACGGCCUGGACACUUUCUCUGGCUUUAAGGUGGACAUCUGGUCGGCUGGGGUCACUCUCUAUAACAUCACGACAGGCCUGUACCCAUUCGAGGGGGACAACAUCUACAAGUUGUUUGAGAACAUCGGGAAGGGAGACUACACCAUCCCGGGUGACUGCGGCCCCCCGCUCUCGGACUUGCUGAGAGGGAUGCUGGAGUACGAACCAGCCAGGAGGUUCUCCAUACAGCAGAUCAGACAGCACAGCUGGUUCCGGAAGAAGCACCCGCCGUCAGAGGAGCCUGUGCCCAUCCCACCGAGCUCGGACUGCAAGGACCGCUGGCGGGGCAUGACCGUGGUGCCCUACUUGGAGGACCUGCACGGCUGCGCGGACGACAAUGGGGAUGAGGACCUGUUCGAUAUCGAGGACGACAUCAUCUACGCUCAGGAUUUCACGGUGCCCGGUGGCGAGGAAGCAUCUGAGGCAGGGCUUAGAGAGGAGAGAGGCACGCAGAGGAGCCAGUGCUCAGACCUUUCUGGAGAGGAAGCUGAGGCCGGGGGCACAGAGCAGCUCGGGGCGUAGUGUAGCACGGCCCCCCCAGUGCCGUAGAGGCCAGGCCUGGGCCCCCCUGCCGCCCUCACCGAGAGCCUGCGCUGCUGCCCCAGCGCCCCCACCCCACUCCCUCGCAGCACAAAGCUCUGUUCUGUCCUGGGGCCGGCCUCGAGGGCGCCUGUCGUGAAGGUUUGCCUGCUGUGUAUACGGGGGUGAUGCUUGUCUCAACCCUUUGUCCUGGCUCAUUUGCCAGGGGUGAGGCUUGUAGUGUAGAAAGAACUGUUGUGUGGAGGCACCUGUGUGGUGGGUAGGGGCCCCGGGGAAACCCCAAAGCUGUGCUGCUGCCAGAGCGUGGCGGGUUCGUGUGUCCCGCUCACAUGGGGGUGUGCUUGGGGGUCUGUGACAGCCCGUCGCUGUUGGCUGCAGGGUCGUCUCCGAGUCGGUGCCUCCUGGACCCCGAGUUUCUGUGGGCUUUGGCUCAGUCAUUCCCCUGCCGGGUCCUGAGACCUAAUCCCAGGAGGUGACGUGUGUGUGACCUCCUGGCUGCAGGAGCCCCGGCCUUCCGGGCAUCUGUGUCCUGCGGGGAGGGGAUGAGGCCCUCUACCUCUCAGACGCGCCGGGGGCAUCGUGUCAGGUACUCGUGAGGGACCCUCGCCAGCAGCCAGUCUUCUGUCCCAUGCACCCCAAGUGGGGACCCUGCCCGACCCGCAGAACCUUGCCAGACCACCGACAGCGUAUAUUGGCCCCCCUGUACCCUGUGGCCCGUGUGGGAGGCCAGGGGCUGCCCCUGACAGGGAGGGGAGGGCACAUCCAAAGGCGGGUCUCCAGGGUUGGAGCCAGGUGUCCGGCCAGGGGUGUCGUCUGUGUCAGAAGCACCGCAGUCCUGCUCCGGGACUGGUGGGAUUUUCUCUGACCGCCUGUGGGUCAGCAGUGGGCUGUGCUAGGGCCACGACCCCGCCCCACUUCAGUCCCAGUGGGGUGCUCCUGCCCAAGGCUCUUGGCUGCUUGGCCUCAGUCUCCCUGGACUGUCCCCUGCUGUGAGGCUAUGCCGCUCACCCUGAGAACUGGGUCCCGGACCUUGGGCCGGAGUGGAGAUGGGUGGUUGCGGGCCAGGCCCUCGUCCCUUGAGGGCAAGGAGGCCAGACCCUGUGCGCCUCCCCAGCCACAGCUGCUGUGCUGGUAGCUGGGCUCCAGGUCGUCUGUGCAGAGAUGCCCCCCCACCCAUGGUCCUUCCUCCAUCAGAUCAGGGCACCUGACCCCCGAGAGCUUUCCUUAGCAGGAGCCUGUCAGCAGUGAGGAGCUCUGACCUAGGAUGCUUUGUGUGUGCAUAGGAGUUGGUCAUGGCAAGUUCCAGAAGCUGCUGAGUCUGGCAACGGGCCUCUUGGCCUAGAGGGGGCUCUGUGUUGGGGAAGAGAUGGGCUGGAGGCCAGCUGUGGGCAGCAGGCUGAUUUUUCAUGCGCUGAAUGAGGCACAUGGGCCCUGGUAGGUGGGCCAGCCCCUACCUGCCUUCUCUUCCCCCACCUCAGAGCGCAGGAGUUCAGGCCGGCAUGCCGCCCCGGGCCCAUAGCCCCCGGAAGCCAGCGAGGGCUGGUGCUGCCUGGUGGAGAGUAGGGACUGAUAGGCCCCCGGCUCUGAUCUCUUCAUCCCUGGCCCGGCAUGGGGAGCCAGGGCUGGCAUUCAUGGGAGAGAUGUGUGUUGCACACCUGGCCUGAGCCCAGCCAGGUGUGGCCUCCUCACAGGCAAACAGCCUGUGCCCAGGGCUCUGUGCCCCAGGACCUUGGUCCCUUCAUCACGUGCUGGGGUGGAGGGUGAGCACUCAAGCCCACCUGAGUGCACACACCCGGCUCACACCUGAGCAGGCAGGUGAGCAUGAGCUGGAUCCCCCCCACCCCGGCUGGCCAGCCCGGGUCCAGUGCUCCCUUUAGUUGGAUGGAGGCCCUGCAGGCAGGGCAGGUGGUGGAGGAUCCCGGCUGGGUCGAAAGGACCUAGGCCCGGACAGGUGGGGAUGUAGCCUGGGGACUGGGGGGUCCCU